GCUGACAGGAGUUUCUGCGGCUGUUGGGGUGUCCGUCUGUCCUGCCACGGCCCGCUGCCAUCCGUCUGAGCGAGGGGCUGUCCAGCUGUCCAUCGGGGUGUCCGUCUGUCUGCCAGGGUCAAUCCAUCCACCCCACCCAUCACCACCUCCCCAACGCCAUGUACACCGCGCUCCCCAAAAGUGGUUCCCCCUUCGGCCCCUCCGUCACCAGCCCGGGGCUGCACAUCUGGCGGGUGGAGAAGCUGCAGCCGGUGGAGGUCCCCGAGGCGACGUGGGGCGUCUUCUUCUCGGGGGAUGCCUACCUGGUGCUGCACAAUGGGCCAGAUGAGCGAGCCCACCUCCACCUCUGGAUGGGCCGGGAUUCCUCGCGGGACGAGCAGGGUGCCUGCGCCCUCCUCUCCACCCAGCUGAACACGCUGCUGGGCGAGCGCCCCGUGACGCACCGUGAGGUGCAGGGCAAUGAGUCCGAUGUCUUCAUGGAGUACUUCCCCCGCGGCGUCACCUACCAGGAGGGCGGCGUGGACUCGGCGUUCAAGCCCACCCGCCCUGGCGCCAGCGCCGGCCCUGUGCACAAACUCUACCAGGUGAAGGGCAAGAAGAACAUUCGGGCGAGCGAGCGGGACCUGAGCUGGGCCAGCUUCAACACCGGUGACUGCUUCAUCCUCGACCUGGGCGAGACCCUCUUCGUCUGGUGUGGAGCCAGGUGCAACGUGCUGGAGCGCAGCAGGGCGCAGGAGCUGGCCGUGGCCAUCCGGGAUGGCGAGCGGGGUGGCAAGGCUUGCCUGGAGAUCGUGGCGGAUGGUGAGGAGCCACCUGAGAUGCUCCAGGUGCUGGGCCCCAAGCCCACCUUGCAGGAGGGCAGCCCCGAGGACGACAUCGUGGCUGAUCAGAGAAAUGCGGGGGCAGCUGUCCUCUAUAAGGUGUCGGAUGCGACGGGACGCAUGGACCUGAGCCAGGUGGCCGCCAGCAGCCCCUUCAGCCAGAGCCUGCUCUGCUCCGAUGACUGCUUUGUGCUGGACAACGGCGCCGGUGGGAAGGUCUACGUCUGGAAAGGGCGCAAGGCCAAUGAACGGGAGCGCCAGGCGGCCCUGAAAGUGGCCGAGGAGGUCAUCGCCCGUAUGGGCCACUCGCCCCGGACACAGGUGGAAAUCCUGCCCCAGGGCCGCGAGACGCCCCUCUUCAAGCAGUUCUUCACCAGCUGGAAGUGAGGGAGCGGGUGCCCGUGGGGCCAGCGCCCAGCCCAGGGCAUCACCAGGCUUGUGCCGGCUGUGCCAGCUCCCUGCCGAUGCCUGCACCCUGCUCAGCCAUCCCCAUCCCCAUCCCCAUCCCUGUGCUUUUGCCCCUCCUAUCCCUGUCAUUCUCAUCCCUGUGCCAUCCCCAUGCCAAUGCCAUCUCCAUUCCUGUGCCACCCCUGUGCCAUCCUCAUUCCUUUGCCCACCC